UUUUAUUGCAAAGUUUCACCUUCCAAGAAGGAUGUUAAAUAUGUGAAUAAUUGAAAUGCAUAUAUUAUGCAUGUUUUACAGUAAAUGAUGAUAUUAGCAUUUAACCAAUCUUAGAAUCAACGCAAACAAGCGUUCAUAACUCAAUAGACACCAUGAUAUUGACAAGAUGGAUAGAAAGCACUAUGUUCUUUAUUCUUUGGAGAGCAAGUUUGGGAAUAAUAGAAAAAGGAUUGUAUUAUAAAAGAAUUCCAAAUGCUUCAAAAACACAUCAUAUUCUUGGAACACAACAUGUAACAAAAGAUAGGAAUGGAGUAAGAGAAUGCCUUGUUAGAUGUGCCACAUUCAAAACACAGGAAUGCAAAUCAUUUAAUUUACAAGUUUUGGCAAAUCAAACUUUGUCAAAAUGUGAGCUAGUAGGACCGAGUUUGAUGAAUGUGCCGUAUGAUGUUGAACCCAUUGGAAACAACAAGGACCACUAUGAAAUAGUCUGGGAAUGCUUCAAUAAUGGCACACAAGUAGAUGACUCUUGUCAUUGUUUAGAUGGUUACUAUGGAGACCAUUGUGAAUACAUUAUAAAAGACUGUUCGGAGGGUCUCAAUAUAUUUAAUAGGAAAGGAGUCUUCUGGGCCAACUACACAGGACUGGACGGGCCAUACCAAGUACAAUGCGAGACCAACAGAUGGCUCUCAGUACUACAGCAUCCAUUGCCAAAGCAACCAACAAAUCAUACAUGGGCUGCCUAUAGAGAUGGAUAUGGCUCCAUUGGAAGCAAUGAUUUCUAUAUUGGAAAUGAAAUCCUGCAUAAGAUGACAUCAGCUAGGCCUCAUAUGUUAAAAAUCACUAUCAAGCAGCCUGGGUACUGGCCCCCUGAUUUCUCUUACAAAUAUUCCCCUGUAAGCCUUGACUCUGAAACUGAUAAUUACACUAUACACCUUGGAGAAAAACUUACCAUUGAUUGUUUCGUUCCCGCAAAUGAACUAAAUCUAACGUGUGCAAAUUAUACCGACUUGGCCGCAGCUGAAGCUGCAGAUAUUUUGACUGGGAUCGAUGGCAUGAAGUUCUCCACCUGGGACAGAGACAAUGAUUUGUUCCCUGGGAACUGUGCAGAGGAAAUAGGUGGAGGCUUCUGGUAUAAUAACUGCACCUCAUGCUCUCAAAAUGCAACCCAUAUUAUUUCCCCAUUAGCUAACUUGGAAGUGAUUUGUACCCCACAAAACAUAUAUAAGACAUGUGAGUUUGACUAUUGUAAUGCUGUAGUCAAGAUAUCAAUUAGAGUUCUCUGAUAAGCUCAGAAUAUUAAAUGAUGGAAACUUGUGAAUAGGACUAUUCAUGUUAAUUAUGCUUGCUAUUGAAUAAAAUGCCAUUGGAACAGAUAUGCAGCAAUUAUAUGAUUGACUUUAAUUUUGAAAAACUAAAUCAAAUUUUGUUUUGGAACAUUGCUACCUAUGACCUGGUAUAGACAGACUAUGUAUUUUUGUUUCUAAGGAAACAUCUGUAGAUAAUGUAAAUAAAAAAAAAAUAUAUGUAGAACGAUUCUUGCUGAGAUGAAUUUUGUUUGAAAAUAAAUAUUAAUUUACAUCUUA